AUGUUCACCGAGGCGCUGUUGCCGCUGGAAGCUAACCCUCGGCGAUUGAUCAAGCUGGGCAAGAACAGCCUUGCAGCGUUUAAUAGCCCCAGCAGGCCCAGGAAAACCCACCAUAGCGUCCCUUCCCUCACUGACAGGAGAAGACCUCCCACCACACCACCGCAUUUUGUGCCGAGCCCGUGCAACAAGAAGACCAUCACAGGAGGGUUGACGAGAAGACAUGUGGGCUUUGUACCGGGCUCGCCACGGGCCUGCGAUGCCAAUCUGCCGGGCGAGGUUCGGGGGAGCAGCAGAGCAGGCUGGCUGGCUUUCAGCCCGCCUGUGACUCCCGAGUCUUUGCUCGCGGCGCUGCGGUGGGCCAAAAAUGCGUAUGUGGGUAACGGGGAUGGGGACGGGAACGGGGACAACCAUGGUUGUCAGGGUCGGAUGCAACGCAGCAGCCCAGUCGUGGACUCGGGGCCAGGCACACGCGCAGAUGGUGCAGACCGUGCAGACACAAGCACAUGGAGCACAGGAACUGGCACAGGCACCGCCGGUACUGAUGGCCGCGGUCAUGGUGGUUGCGGCGAUCCCAAAUCUAAGGUUCGGGUUCAGGUUACCCUGCAGCAGCACAAGACAUUGCAGAAGCAGCAGCAGAAUGGACGUCAGCUCGGUCAAGCUGAAGCUAUUGCUGUUAAGUCCGAGAUUCCUCCAGAAGUCUCAACGUACCACGAACUCAAGCUCAAACGCCGUGCGAUCAGCGCUUACCGAGGACUUCCUUCACACUACCACCAAAAGCUUCGAGAACGAUUCCUCAGGACCCUCAGGUGCAACAGGUUGCACACGAGGAAGGCCCCCUGCAGGCUUAACAAGGUGGCACAGCUGAAUCGCGAAGCCGACGGAAUCUUAAUUAGAAACGACCAAGACAUCCACGAGGAAGGCUUGAGCACACCCAGAGAUCUCACAGCCACGCCGCAGUCUCAAGCCAUGUACUCAUCCGCUACACCUCCAACAAGUCCGGGCCGAAGCCCGGCAGUUGUUUCUCCUCGACCGAGAAACAUAUUCACGAAAUUUGCGUCGUCGCUCCUGGGUCGCAAAAAGAGCGUCUCUGGUGACCGGCACAACAAGCUUACCAAGCACCGUGAUCAGCAUUACGUCACAUCUCCCACCUCAACUCAAUCUUCUCACAGUGCAUUACCUACGCCUGGGAACAGCCCACUUCCCAAUUCAGUAUCCUACGGAAGCAGCCCGGCCAUUAUGAAGUCGGAUCAAGGAACCAACCAAGCCAAUGACGAGAGAAGGACGGUGCGGGUUCGCUGCAGAGGUGUCUCGCUGAGCAUCCCCUUUAGCCGUGACACUACUGUCGAGGACCUUCUGUUAGGCUGCGCGGCAGAAAUGCUGCGCCAGGGACAUCACAUCGAUCUUAAGACUAGCAUCCUCCUUGAGUCGUACGCCAAUCCAAGUCUUGAGCGCAGGCUCCGACGUUAUGAGCCUAUUUCCGUCGUUGUGGAGAGUUGGGAUCAGGAUUCGCAGAACAUGCUGAUCUUAUUGCCAGACGCAGGUGAUCCAGAAGGAGAGCUGACACUUGACUAUGUGUCAACCAAUACCCCGGAGCCCCAGGGCUUCUGCCUACCACUGUAUCACUCGCAGCGCCCGGGCAAAUGGAGCCAAGUCUAUGUCAGCCUGGCGCAUAAUGGACAAAUCUUCGCCUCGAAGAAGCCGUAUGCCAAGCGGACCGACAAGGACUCCGUGAAUCUCUGCCAUCUGACGGACUAUGAUCUCUACUUCCCGACAGAGGCCGAGUCGAGAAAAUACCUGAAACCUCCGAAAAGGUACUGCUACGCCAUCAAAAGCCUACAGAAGAAAGUGAUCUUCAUGAACGCGGACAACUACAUGCAUCUCUUCUCCACCGACGACCCAAGCAUCGCCCGCCAAUUCCGCAGCCUUGUUCAUCGCUGGCGGAGCUGGUACCUGGCUCACAGACAGCUCAAGCUGUUUGGUGACGAGGACCAGCGGCCGUCAAGCUCGCACUCCGUCGGCUAUUCGUCUCGUGCCCCUUCGCCAAGUCGUGCUCCUCAUCCGAAUCGGUCGCGCUCGAGGUCCCGCAGUAGCAGCCUCGCGGGUGGUGCCACAAAAGACUUGUCAAUUCCUCCGUUGCCACCGAUUUCGGGUACGUUGCUCGACUUCAAUGUCGACAACGCCUUUUCAUCCAGCGGUCUGCUUGGUGAUGCCUACGAGCAGCGGAAAAAGGAAGCUCAACGGCAGGAAGCCAGGAAGUGGGAGGUCACGUCCGGUCCCAACCCAUUCAGCGAGGGCCCGACCCUUCUAAAUUCGGGCAUAUUAUCCAACACACGAGCCAGGCCCGAGACAUCAUCCAACAAUCCCGAGGGGUCCUGGUUCCCGUCUGCCGUGGAGCACUCGGCUCUUCAACGCACAAUGACCCAAAACACCGGAUCCCUCAGCCGGCAUCCUAGCAGGUCCGGCCAGCAAUCUCCGCCGCUGACCCGGCGGCCGAGCACAUCCUCUCGCUCGGUCGCCCCCUCCCGAGUGCCCUCCAUUCGCGGCGGCAGAACCCGGGACGACCAGGCUCCGCCCCUCCCAACCCAACAACAAGGCUACUACCCUCCCUCAUCCAACGGGUUCCGUCACCACCGCAGGAGCAACUCCCAAUGCUCCACCUACUCCCAGUCCAAUAUCGCAAACCAAAACCAUCGUGUCCCUCCCCUCCCGCAAGCCCCGCUCAUCGAUCUCACGCCCACAUUCAAGGAGCCCCCUCAAUGGUCCCGGGAGAACAAGGGCCAUGGCGUGCAAGCUCCGCAAGGGAUGAAGCUUGUCGACCUGGCUACGGGACCUACGAACCAUUAUGGGCCGGACCCAGACCGGUUCGGCCCGCCGCAAGCGCCGAUCCGGAGACCUUCUCCGGAGUCGGUCAGGAGCGGUCGUGGUGGGGCACAACAACAAAUGACGCUACUUCAACGGUACGAGCUGAGUAAACAGCAAGAGGGGUUUGCGGGUCGGGCAAGGAUGAAUACUUUUACAGCAGGGAACUCAGAUGAAGGGAUUGUGGGGGGGUUGGUUGGGAAUAUGAUGAUGAGAAGGAACACGGUUAAGGGGCCCGUUCCAGGGAGAAAUGUAGACGAGACGUUGAUUGAGCAGAUCGACAGAGGACGCGGGACGGACAGGGAUUUCGACAAGGCUCGGUAUAGGAUGAGGAGCGUGGAUGGGAGGAUUGGACGGGAAAGGAGAGCGUACUAUUGA